AUGGCGACGAGCGAUGACGAGCCUAUGCAUUUAUAUGAAGUUUUUCAAAACUGUUUUAAUAAAAUAGCAAAUAAACAACAAGCCACAGAAAAGGCGGGCUACCAGUCGCCAUAUGGAGGCAUGGACAAUGGAAUGAUUCAUCAAGAUCACCUCGACAUCAAUCUCCGUGGUCCCCAUACAUUACUCUCGGCCGUCAGAAGACGACUCGGCCCACUCGGGCUUUUAACGGCCCCCACUUGCGUACCCUCUGCUAAACAAUCAGCUCAAUUGAAGCGUCCAGUUUUACCUGUGAAGUUGCGAAUUACUAAGGCAUCCGUCGGCAGAGCAGUA